ACCUCUUCUUCCACCGUCCCUGCCGACGGAUCCCAAGAUUCCCAACCCGCCGCCCCCCGGAGUAGGCCGGAUUCGAACUCCGCCGCCGUCGAGCCGCGUCCCCGCGGAGCGCCGCCUUCCUCUCCCCAAGCCCACCCGGCUCCCAGGUUUCCCCUCACGGCGGCCGCUGCAUCCAUCCAUCCAUCCGGAAGACGCCGGCGCGGCCGCCGCGUCUCCUCCUCCAGGUAAUAUUCUACUGUACGGAGCACAUUGAAAGAUGGUUAAUGCAAUCAAGGGGUUGUUCAUCUCCUGUGACAUACCGAUGGCUCAGUUCAUUGUUAAUAUGAAUGCGUCAAUGCCCGCAUCAGAGAAGUUCAUCGUGCACAUUCUUGACCCCACACACAUGUUUAUCCAGCCUAAUAUGGGAGAUUACAUCAAAAGUAAGAUGGCGGAGUUCAGAGACCAGAACAGCUACGAGAAGCCGACAUGAAGGGCCACCAUCCAUUACCGCGGUGCUAGCUUCAAACUCCAUCCAGAGAUACCUAUGUUGAUUAUCGCUAUGUAGAAUGGUUAUAUGCUGAGACUGAACAUUAUGUUUCACUCUCUCGUGAUGUUCUGGAAUGACAGUUCUGUAGUAUCACAGAGUUCUGCGUCUUAUGUAUCUUCCGAGUGAGCCUUUAGCUGAUAAUAUUUCUGGUGAUGUUGAUCUUGAUACCGUGCACUGAAUAAAGUACCACUUCUUAUGUAUUA